AUGGGAUCUGGUAGUUCUGUAAAUGGCAACUUCAAGUACUCCCUGCAGAAGUCUGAAAACGCUUUCAAGGCAGCUGUCUUGAUCCAGAGGUGGUAUCGGCGAUACGUUGCUCGGCUGGAAAUGCGCCGACGGUGCACCUGGAGGAUAUUUCAAUCCAUUGAGUAUGCCUGCGAGCAGGACCAAAUCAAGCUUCACAACUUCUUCAGUUACCUGGUGGACCAUUUCACACCAAGCAGCAGUAAAGAACGAGAUUUCAUAAGUCGCAUGUUCAUAAGUGGGGAAAGCUUCAAAGAAGCGGAGCUGGAAAAAUACUGUGACUAUGAAUCCAUGGAGGUGCCAGACUCCUACACUGGACCCCAUCUCUCCUUCCCACUCCUUCCUGACCAUGCAACUGCCUUGCUGGAAGCUUUCAAACAGAAACAACAGCUUCAUGCUCGCUAUGUCUUAAACCUACUGCAUGAGACCAGGAAACACCUCAAGCAGUUGCCAAACAUCAGCCAUGUCUCUACCCGCUAUAGUGAGGAGGUCACCGUGUGCGGAGACUUGCAUGGCCAGCUGGAUGACUUGUUCCUCAUAUUUUAUAAGAACGGCCUUCCUUCCCCUUCUAAGUCCUAUGUGUUCAAUGGGGACUUUGUAGAUAGAGGCAAACAGUCCCUUGAGAUCCUGAUUGUCCUCUUCACCUUUCUCCUGGUCUACCCAAAUGAGGUUCAUCUCAACCGCGGGAACCACGAGGAUCACAUGGUCAACUUACGCUAUGGUUUCACCAAGGAAGUCAUGCAGAAAUACAAGGUGCAUGGAAAGAAAAUCUUGAAGAUGAUACAGAAUGUCUUCUGCUGGCUACCCUUGGCCACCCUCAUUGACCAGAAAGUCCUGAUUAUACAUGGGGGCAUCUCUGAUACCACUGACCUGGACAUGCUUGAGAAAAUUCAAAGGCACAAAUUUGUUUCUGUACUGAGAGGGAAGAAAAGAAAGGAGUCAAAUAGAAAUGUGGAAAUACAGGAAAUAAACGGGGAGAGCAAAGCAGAUGCCUCCCCAGCAGAGCAUGACGCAGCAACCAGUCCAUCCCUGCAGCCCCGGCCGGCCCAGGCUCCCAGCAUGGCCAACAGGCUGGAGUUCUCCAAGUGGAUCCGGCAGACAGUGCAGGAGCAAAUCGAGCGGUGCCGGCAGCUGGUGGACAUCAGCGAGUCGGAGGAGGAGGAGCUCACCAACUCCAGCUUUCUCUCCAUGACUGACUUGGAUACACCAUGCUGGACUCGCCAAGAGGAGUGGAAGCAGAUUUUAGACAUUCUCUGGAGUGACCCCAUGCCACAGGAGGGCUGCAGAGAAAAUACAGUGCGAGGUGGUGGCUGCUACUUUGGGCCUGACGUGACAGAGAAGAUCCUCGAGAAGUACAGCUUGCAGUUCCUUAUCCGCUCCCACGAGUGCAAGCAAGAAGGCUACGAGUUUUGUCACAACCGGAAGGUUCUGACCAUUUUUUCAGCCUCAAACUAUUAUGAGAUUGGCAGCAACAGGGGAGCCUAUGUGAAGCUGGGGCUGGACCUGGUCCCCCAUUUCGUUCAGUACCAAGCGAACAAGACAGCCCAUACUCUCACCAUGACCCAAAGAAUCAGCCGAGUAGAGGAGUCAGCUUUUCGAGCCUUGCGGGAAAAACUCUUCGCUCACACGUCAGCCCUCAUCAGUGCAUUCAAGGCCUACGAUAAGGAAGAUACAGGAAGGAUCACGCUGAGCAACUGGGCGACGGCAGUGGAAUCUGUCUUGCGCCUGGGGUUGCCGUGGCGAAUGCUGCGCCCGCAGCUGGUGCGCAGCACGGCAGGUGGCACGCUGGAGUACAAAUCCUGGCUCGAGGACUUGGCCAUGGAGCAGCGGAGCCAAGAGCACAUCCAGUCGGGCUUGCUGGAAGUCAUUUAUCGAAACCGAUCCAACUUGGAGACCAUAUUCAGGAUCAUAGACAGAGAUCAUUCAGGCCUCAUCUCAUUUGAGGAAUUUCACCAGACCUGGAAGCUGUUCAGCUCCCAUAUGAACAUCGAGCUCACGGACGACGGCAUCAAUGACUUAGUGCGCAGCAUUGAUUUCAAUAAGGAUGGAAACAUUGACUUCAAUGAGUUCCUAGAAGCCUUCCGCCUCGUGAAACAGUCGCAGUAGUGAGACGACAGCAGCGCUCCUUGGCCCUCGCUGGAUUGCCACGUCCGAUGCCCGCACUGCCUACGAAGCCAGACACGCCGCGCCCGACCUAACCGGAGAAUGUGCCUGCGGAUUCGACGCCCUGUAGGGAAAGGGAGGUCAGGGCCGUGUAGCACAUCUUUGUUGAAAGCAGUGGUUUCCCCAGUAAACAAACAGAAGCGUUCUGUUUUGAGACGGUAACUGGCAAAAUAGGUAAGCUGCACUUCACUGUUGACAAUUUCUGAAAGGAAGC